AGGUGAAAUCUCUUCCGCUUUUCCACACACCAUCAUCUCAUCGACGGGAGCGGAGAUUCAUCCUAGCUUGGCUACCGUGUAGCUACGGGCCGCGAGAGAACGGCCAGCCAAACAAGGGAAAAACUUCGCUCCCGCGUAACCGGUCGGUAGGAUCGGCUUUUCCGAGCAAACGGUAGUACGCUCGCAAAAUCGCGCGUGCAAAACGCAGAUCCCAUUUCCAGUUCAGUCACCACGGUCGACUAAGGACGUGUGCUUUUUCUAGCCGUCGUAUGUGCUUUCCCUCGUUUUUUUUCCACGGUGCGUGUGCGUGUGUAUGCGUGUGAGUGUGUGUGUGCAUGUGUGCGGCAAGCUGUGGCAAGUCAGCAAAGCGUUAAAGCGAGUCAGCAAAGUGCUUAGUUGUCAAGUGCACACAGAUCUACGUGCUUACGCGAGUGUGAGUGAGUGUGUGCGUGUCUGUGUGAGUGUGCUUGUACGUAGGGUACGUGUUUUGCAAAGUGUGUGCCUGGUCCUUGCAUCCAAGAUCAUCCGGUUUGGAAAGAACUACAAGGAAAGGUGAAAGUGAGUGAGUGAGAGAGGCCGAGAGCGAGCGAGAAAAAGAGAGAGAGUGUGUGUGUAUGCAUGUGUGUGUGUGUGUGUGUGUGUCUGAGUGAGUGUGUAAGGUAAAGGGCACAAAGAGCGUCGGAAGACAACACCGCAACACUAUCACCUACAAUUUCUACUACUAUUUCUACUACUACUGCUAGUACUUGUACUACUACUACUACUACCACAACUACUACUACGCACGCAACCUUCUUCCGAUCCGAUCGUACCAACGAGUGCAGCGUACGAAGACAUUUGACAAGCGCCUUCACCAUAAUGAUUAGCAUCUGGUACAACAAUGAGUCUAACCUAGAUUGGGUCCGCAAAGCUAACCGAUAGUAUAGAACCUACCCUAAUAAAGGGUUCGGAAGAAAACUACGCUAUCCGAGGAAAGUUAGCAAACAGCCGCCACAUUGCCCACAACAACCGCAACCAACAUCCUCCAAACCCUCACCGCAACAACAGCAUCAGCAGCAGCAGCAGCCGCUUCACCAAGCAGACGCACCGCAUUCCAGCACCUCGCAGUCCUCACGCCGGCCACAUCAGCCACCGUCGUCGUCGUCAUCGUCGUCGGUUCCCACCUCCUUCACGUCAGGCGAGCCACGGGCCGCAGGUCGACGCAACUCGAAGCAACUGCAACGCGACGAGCUGGCAGCCAAGAUGGGCAAGCACGACAUGAAGCGCGGCAUUUCCCAGCGAUCCUCGGAUGCCGGUGAAUCUCCCAAGCAUUAUGCUUCAACAAAUUUAGUUGGCAAAUUUACACAAAGCGUCCGACGAAUAGUGCAAGAUGUGAAGGAUGAAGGUUCGCCGAGUGGUAUGAGCCGUGAAGAACUGCUCGAGACGAACGAACGGCUUCGGGCGGUCCGUAUUCGAUUGGAAGAAUCGUACGAUACUGCUAAGAAGGCACUGGUCAACCUGAUGAACAAAUAUGGCGACUCCAAGAGUCAGCGUAAUAUCUUCAAUCGUUACCCGAUGCUGAAGCUCAUGAUUAAGGAUGUGAUCCGGUUGGAAACGCAGUACUGGACCCUGGUCGAGAUCCCAAAGCAGGAGAAGCUAGAAACUGUUCCGGCCUUCGUACUGCGUGCCUGUAGCAUUAUGGAGAAAUCCCAAAAGUCGGGCGAUGGAGUGAAGACGUCCGCCAAGCUGGCAGAGGAAGCGGUCGAACGGCGUGAACGAAUGGAGCGACUCGAAACGAUGACCACGGCACAGAUCGAGCAGGAAAACACGCAGAUGAUAAACGAUUUGUAUCGUCUGUUGAAAAAGUACACCGGUCUAAGGAACUUGAUUCGAGAGCUGAAGUCCGAGUAUGGUAACUCUAAAAUCUACCCAAUCUUCCCCCGGUACACGAUGCUGAAGGAUAUGAUCAAGGAUAUUAUGCACGAUCCGGACUAUAUGGAGGUUUGCCAUGAAGUGGACAACUGAAAUCACCAGAAAUAAAACCCGCUCGUCAUCGAAUCGAAUGUCUAACCGUAGACUCUCAUUACGAUGAAGGGCGUGUUUUAUGGGCUGCGCGGCGGAUACUUCGCUGCGCGUUUUAUUUCUUUUUCGUCACUCUCGGAGAACCUAUAUCGGAAACGGACGGUGUGGAAAAUCGGUACUUCCGCUACCCAAUAUCAGGCUGUACAAAGAGAAGGAAACCCUGCGCCAUAUCUUCGACACUGCAAUACACUCUCCAUAUCAUUAGUUCGCUUGGUAGAUCUGUGGACAACGAUCCGCCCGGUACACAACAUCAUCACAUGGGUGCUGGCUAUACACUGAUCUAGUUUUACACUUAUUGGCGCUUUUUGGGAACAGGUGAUAUACGUUCGCUACACGCUUUUGGAACGAAAUCGUUCGUUCAAAAUGUGCAUCAACAAUCAACAGGGCCUUAGGGAGGGGAACAAAGACACACCCGCGAUGGUGUCACUCGGAAGUAUCUCGAAUAGUAAGCGCUAAUCCCCUCCUGUAGGAUGUCCUUUCCGUUUACUUGGGUUUUCCCGUCGCCAUGUUUCGAACAACUUCCAGUAAUGGCUGACAUUAGAUGAGGGUUUUGCUAGUUUGGUUUGUUGAUUACCGUCCCGUUCGCAACCGCUUAUUGUAUGAGGAUUUGCAUCUUUGGGCAAUGUUCUGAGCACAUAGGCUUGUUUUCAUUGUUUAUGGACGCAGAUGCUUAAAUCAAUCGAAAGUAGCUCCAUGCACGUUCGUAAUAGCGGAUGGGUGUUUUUUUUUGCCUCCCGACAAUUCCAAACAUCCCCACUAGUACUAGUGGGGACCAUUUCUCCAAGGCAUAGUAGUAGAAGGAUAAGUAAGAAAAAAAGGAAGAACGGAUACUUACAAACGUUAUUGAAACAAAACAAAAAGAACAAACAUUGAUGAAAUGACCCACCUAUCUCUACACGAACAAUGUAUUCAAUACAACAAAAAAAACAAAACAAAAAGGGAUGAUAAAAGAACACAACUAUUUUUGCACAGAUAGUAUUUACAUAUUCAAUCGAUUUUCUUUGUUAUUCCUUUGAAUCAUAAUUAGGUACACACACACACACACACACAAAAACACACAUAUAAAUUCACUAAAAUACGCAUUCAAUCAUCCAACGUAGACGAAGCAAAACUCAAGACACUUACACGUAGGACACACCGAACACGUGGAACCAAAUUUGUGGCACAACUGCAAAAGCAAAACAAAAACGAACAAAUUAGUUGGAAAAAAGCAAGGCAAACCAAAAGGAACACUACAUUAGGCAACACUAAAAUCUAAACAUUAACUAAAGCAAAAGACCAAUUCAAUAAUACAAAACUCAUCACUAUACAACGUUAGCGACAAAGUAGUAGGGCGAAGAUGAAAUAGAGUCAAACGUAAAGUAAAAACAAAACAAAACGUUGCCGAUACCUUCGGCAUCAAUUUCAAUGUUGAAGUACACAGUUUAAAGCAGCCAGAACAUAGCAGCAGAAGAAUCUAAAGAAGAAGAACAGAAAAACUAGGGAAACAACUACCAUAAUCAAUUUAACAGAUGAAACACUAGAAAACAUUUGCAAAAAAAAAAAACAUUCAAGACAGUAGGGGAAAAGCACCUCCGGGGGAAAAGUUGCUUUCAGUUUUCCCAGCCGUGGUUUUUGUGUAAGUGUUUCAAGCUCUUUUUCUUGGUCCCAUCAAAUGGAUGCUGGUGGUUGGCCUACUUAGAAGAUGGAUAACAAAUUUGAUACAAAAUGACUAAAGUAACCAAAAAAAAAACUUUAACAAAAGUACACGUGAUCAGGCGAUCGUGCGAAGUAGGCAGUAGAAGAGUUGUAACAAAAUACAUACAGACAAAAAACAAUUGAAUAACUCAAAACAUCACACAUACACACUCAUCGAAGAAAAAUAGAACAGAGACACACUAGACCCGUACUGGAGCUUCUCGCCUUUUUACACACGAUUGGUGCGAAAGGAAAAUUUGCAAACGUAGUGCAGAAAUGCGAAAAUUAAAAUACAGCGGACAAAAUAAAAGAAAACGGUAGUGAUGAUUAGAAAUUGUGGUAAUGUGGGACAAACACGGAACAACAGAAAACAAAACUAGCACAACCAAAAACCAACAAAACAAACAGAAAGGAUAAUAGUAAACACUGAAGUAAGAAUAUAUUCAAUAUUAGCUGUGUUGUUCGGUGGCGACCAUAGUGUGCAGUUGUGGCGACGAACCCGACCAGCCCAACAACAGACAAAUAUUCGUGGAUAACAAUAACGUAGAUAGAAAUCAAUAAUAGUGAUGUAAACGUGGUAUGGCAGCAAACAGAAAAAAAGACAACACAUAACACGUUAAACCUCUUGAAAAGGGGAAGCAGAACCGGUAGAAGCUAAUGGUAGACGAACCCGCAAAGGUAUAGCACAAAACCAGGCGUUAAGAACAUCCCACACUACAUUGAUCCUCGUCUCCUAUGUGAAGCUAAUCAUCGGCAUGAAUCUAACAACGGCUCAGCGAAAAGCAACCAACAAGAACUAAGGAUGCAUGUAGUUACGGAACCAGGGCACGCAAAAGGAAUCGUGCUAAUGUCAUUUGUCCUCCGCUAUGUGUUUGUGUGUGUGUUUGUUCUAAUUAUUUACUCACAUGGAUGAGGAAAGUUUUUUUUUGCUUAGUUUAUCUUUACGAAAUGAAAAUGUAUGUAAACUUUGCAUGAUUAAUUUUCAGUUAGUUAAUGAAACCGUAAUUUUGGUAUUAUAAAUGACCAAGUUUGCUUAACUUUUUAUUACGGAUACUGAAACAUUCAUCCAUCAUUCACUUAGUAUACAGAGUUGAAAUGAACUCCUCAAUCAAGGAAUUUAUUAUUGAUGCAUUUUCAUAAUCUUUCAGUGACUCACUGCUAACACCAAUGCACUUUUCACACGGUAGUGUAACUUGAACUGCUCCCUAGUGACGCAAAAUAUCUUGGCCGACCAAUUUGUAGGUUAUGAAUCGGCACGACACUCGUACGGUAUCGUACACAAGCACCUGCAAUUUAUGCAACUAAGCAGUCGAGGUCAAAUGAAACCGUAAGUAAACCGGUGCAAAAGCAUAAAAUAAGGACGCACACACCUACACAUAGCUGCGCAAAAUAGACAUAUCUUUCCCAUGUUAGUAGUCGUUUAAACUUGCUUUCGCAUUACGUUUGCGUCACUUCCAGGUAGCGUCCAAGCGUCCUCAGCAUGACAGUAAAACGGACGCGUUAGGUCACAGUUUCCGAUUCCGCUAGACUAGGAAUGCAAGCUAGUAAAUGAAGAAAAAAAAUACUAAUUUACUUGCGGCCAAUAUAAUCGCUGAGUUUGAGCGUUGAACCGGGCUCCCAACCAACAACAACACAAAAACAAACACACUCACGCAAGCACGCAUUUAAACGAUAAUCCAAUCCUUAAUCACUAAUCCCCCCUAAGGCUCGCUUCACUUAGGUUUUCUCCGGGCAGGAAACUAGAGCAUUUAGAGUGUUGCAUUCAGAACUUGUACAUACGCAGCAAUUGUUGUAUAGUUGUGCUUAAGUUUGGCUUAGUGUGAAAGAUGCAAAGAAAAUUAUGAAACAAGAUAUGAACCCAAAGCGACAAAAAGCAAAGCAAAGUGAAACCAAACAAACAAAACAAAUAAACAAAAACAAACAAACAGACAAGCAAAAAGAGAAGAAAAGAAAAGAAAAGUAUUCACAAAAAACCGACACACUUGGGAAGAAAACAACCAAUAUUAUAUUAUACACGCGCGAGCGCUAGUGCAUCAGCUGGGAAGCAGUAAGUAAAGCAAGAGAGUUGAAAAUUAAAAGCAGAUAAGAUGGAAAAUGAUAAACGUUUCUAGCAACACUGCAAAGCAAGGCUAUUAAAAAACAAACAAAACAAAAAUCAACACGAGCGGAAGAAAAAAAAACCGUGCUUCAUAUUAUAACAUUGUCGUAGCAAUUGUCAAACCGCCGAAGAGCUGGAUGGGCAUAUUUAUAUAUAUACACAUACAAUAUACAUAUAUAUACAUAUUAUUAGUUCAUAUUGAUUAUUAUAUUGGUACGGCAUUACGCAGAAACGCAAGAUGCAACCGAAAACGUGACGAAACAACAAAGUACAUCCGUUUUAGUUGGUAUUAAGUUACAUUUUCUUGCCAUUGAAGGAUAUUUUUGUUGUUGUAUGUGUGUCACUCUUGGGUUGCGAAAAUCUCCUUCCUGUGAAGCAGAAGAAGAAAAACCAAAAGAAAAACGGGAAUGAUGUGCGAGUGUCUGGAGCACCCUCCCACCGUUCGGCAACGGACUACCCCCAUAUCAUGCUCAUACCCACCGAAACAAAUUGUGUGCUCUAGGGUGUGCGGUUCGUCGUCCUAAGGACGGUGGAAAAUGCGACCAGCAGUUAGAAGCUUGAUAACAGAGCGCUUGGUUGGAGCUUGGUUUGUUUGUUCGAACUUUCACCAUAGCUCGGAAACAUAUUACACUGCAAGCACCUUCGUCGAAAACAUCUUUUCAAAACGAUUAAGCGUCCGUGAUUGAUUAACACACCCGCGAUGAGACAUUGCAAAACAGCUUCACAUUUGUUUGUUCGCAACCAUUUAGUAUUACUCCUUUUGGUUUUUUUUUCUUUUGCACUUGCUCUCUUUCUGAAAGUUAAAGAAAAAUAUAGAAAUGUGAUAAAUUUGCCACGAGAAUACAUACUUACACAAAAUACUUAUAGGCACAACAAAAUUCAUCACUAACUACACUAAAACGAUCAAUAAGUAACAAACCGCAGAAAGGAAAAGAGAAAAAAAGAACAACAUAACUAAACCAAGUGUACAUCUGCUAACCGCGAAAUCUACUUUACGCGUAUCGAUCUUGUCGUUGAUGUAUGGUUUACAAACUUGAAUGGUAAGAAAGGAAACCUAUAACAUUCACACUUUAAACGAGGAAGCGAAUGAGAAUAGUAAAAACACGGAUGAAAACACUUGAAAAUGCACCGGACAAAGUAAGGAACGCCAUAAUUCACUUGACACGAUGAUACUGCUCUCGCAACCGGAAGGAAGUAGUUCAAAAGUGGAACAAAUUCUUAGAAAUUCUUGGGAAUUUUUUUGUAUAAAAUAACAAAACAAAAGUGAAGUGCGUUGCAUUGCUUCCAGCUUUACGUUUGGUUGUCGUGGCACGUACACCUUAUACGUUAUGUUUUGUAGUAUUUUUUAAUAUUUUGGUUUUUUGAAUAUGUUGUCAUUGAAAUAGAAAAAAAGACGAGAGAGAAAUAGACAAGGAUUUUAUAUAAUUUUUUUGUUACUUUUCUCUAAUGAUCUUAUCCACACAUGUAAAUCAUGCACAUCAGAUAAUAUAAACCGUUGUUUUCUGUUUCCAACGUGAAUUUCCAAUAUUCCGUUCCUUUGCAAACGUGUUAGACUACAAUUCCAUUCAAGCGCUUUCGAUUCGAGUUUGCUGGGGUUAUUCUUUUAGUGAAACAUACUCCAUCGCACUGUCCAGAACGAUCUACCCGUUCGUGACCCACCCAUCUAUCUAUCUUUCCCACCUGCAACAACAAAAAAAAACACGAUUCGCUCAAAAACAAAACAAAAAACUAAUGGAAGAAGGGAAAAAACAAUCUCAGACUGCUCAGUACAAUCAUACAAAAACAUGAACAGCUUGCAAGCGUAACAUUUUCAGCAAGGGAAACCCUUUACCAAUACACAUACAUACAUACAUACACCCGUACGAUCAGCUAAAGGGAAGAAAAAAAUAACGUGAAAAUAGUACUGGAAAUUUUGAAAAGAAAAUUUGUUCUCUGCUCCUUUUGGGAAUCAAUCAAAAAGGUUCCGAGAAAAAGUGCGCCAAACAUAAUGUGAAAAAAGAACUACCUUCAAACAAGAAAACAAAUUGAGAAAAACCACAACCGAACCACAAUUGGAAAGAGAGACAGACAGAGAGAGAGAGAAAGAGAAUUACAAGAAAGAGAAACAGAAACAGUGUAACACGGUUUUACCAAAAUGCCGCCCAUCAAAUUCCUAUCAUCAUCUAAUAAUAAUAAUAAUAAUUAUGAUAUUAAUAAUACUCUUCUAUCCCAGCCAUGCCGAAGAAGAAAAAUGAAAAAGAAGAAGAAGAAAAGCAAACAAAACAGUAAGAUAAACUAGAGAAAAGAAGCAACAGAGGAAAGGAAAGUGUGCAACAUACCACGGGAGAGCAAAACCCAUAAGCAUAGCGGAAUGGAAGGCAAACAGAAUGGAACAGACAAGAUAAGAUGGAAAGAUUCUCGUACAUCUCGUGUAAUUUUCAAUCGGUACUUAAUAUCGGAAUCGUGCUGCGAUAUGUGUUUUUGGUUGUAUUUUUAAAAAACGUUUCCUUUCUUCUAAACACACAAUCUCACGCAAUACAGACACGCAACAAAAAAACACAUACACACACGUACAUCGUCUUUGUAAUGAUGCGUAUUUACAAUAUUUAGCUGAAUAAACAUGUUUGCUUGGUUGAA